CACGGGCCAUGAGUCAGGACUUUGAGGCUCCUCUGGAUGGCUCUCCCUCUCUUACUGCCAGCUGUUGCGAGCAAGACGGAACCACGGUGGCAGCCCGGAUUCUGUGGAGCAGCGGAAAGCCACCCGGCCUCCAGCCUUCCUCACCUUCUCCUUGAGAACUUCCUUCAGUCUUGCAGAUCUGGCUCGCCAGGGCAUGCGGCCUUCAGACUGAACUCUUGGAAACAAGCAGUUGUUCCGGGGGAGAGAGAGAAGUCAACACCGAAUGGCUGCUCAGAGCCAGGAGGACUAUGAUACCAGUGAUAAAAAGAGCUUGGAUGAGGAGGCAUAUGAGGAGUCUCCUGUGAAGCACUCCAACAUGUCUUUUGCAACACGGAGCAGUUCCUCCUCAGACGAGGAGGCUCUGCAGGCAUCAAGAAGAGGGGGGGCUGCCCAAACACCCACCUCCUGGAAGGCCCAUGAGGCAUACGUGGAACUUCAUGAACUGGUCAUGGAUAAGAACAGUGAGCUGCGCUGGAUGGAGGCCUCUCAUUGGAUCAAACUUGAAGAGGACUUUGAAGAAAUGGGACAUUGGGGGAGACCUCACCUCUCGUACCUGACUUUCCACAGCCUUAUGGAAGUGCGCAGGGCUUUUACUAAAGGGAUUGUUCUUCUAGAUCUUCCAGAGAGGAGUCUAGCUGGAAUUGCCAAUCAGAUACUUGACCACAUGAUUGACGGAGGCCAUCUCAAACCACAGGACCGAGAGGCGGUUUUAAGAACUCUCCUACUUCAACACAGUCAUCCUGAUGAGUCGGCUUCACUGGGCACUCUUUCUCCUGGGAAGUUACAACAGACUGGCAGCGAAGAGGCAGACACAGCACAGCCACUGUUGCAAGAGCAUCACUCAAUUGAGAUGAAGACCCUUUCCCCCAGCUCGGAGCAGGAACAGCCAAGAUCCCAUGGUUUUAAGAAGCCACUUUUAGAGAAGAUCCUGCCAGAUUCAGAAGCCGUGUUGGUCCUUGUUGGCUGUGCUACCCUCCUUGACCGCCCCACACUAGCCUUCAUACGCUUGAAGGAUGCUGUAGAGCUGGACCCAGUCUUGGAGGUCUCGGUGCCUGUCAGGUUCCUUUUCGUGGUCUUGGGGCCAGAUCCCCACUAUACCACCUAUCAUGAGAUCGGGAGAACCAUCUCCACAAUGAUGUCUGAAAGGGUGUUCCGCCAUGACUGUUACUUGGCCGAGGGACGGCAAGAGCUGGUGAAGGGUGUGGAGGACUUCCUGGACUGCUGUAUUGUCGUUCCACCUUGUGAAAUUGCAAAUGAACAGCUCUUCAAGACAUUGUUGCCAAUACAGAAAGACCUCCUACGAAAGAGAUAUCUCCCAGAGGAGAAGAAGCCAGAGCUCUUGAAGGAGCUGGAGCAAAAACUGCAAGCAGAGGUCCUCAAACCAGAAGAUGAUGACAACCCAUUACGCCGGACCCGCAAGCCUUUUGGGGGGCUCGUAAGGGACAUAAAACGGCGGUACCCCAAGUACCUCAGUGACCUCAAAGAUGCUCUCAAUGCCCAGUGUCUGGCUGCUGUCAUCUUUAUUUAUUUCGCUGCGCUUUCUCCUGCCAUCACCUUUGGAGGUCUUCUGGGUGAGAAGACUUCAAACAUGAUGGGAGUAUCGGAGCUUCUGGUCUCCACAGCAAUUCAAGGCAUUCUCUUCUGCUUGCUUGGGGCACAGCCUCUGCUCGUGGUUGGGUUCUCUGGCCCCCUCUUGGUAUUCGAGGAAGCCUUUUAUUCUUUUUGUGCCAGUUCUGACAUAGAGUACAUUGUGGGCAGAGUCUGGAUCGGCUUUUGGCUGGUGAUCUUGGUGGUGGUAGUGGUGGCUUUUGAAGGCAGCUUUCUGGUAUGCUACAUCUCCCGCUACACCCAGGAAAUCUUCUCCUUCCUCAUCUCCCUCAUCUUCAUCUUUGAGACUUUCAAGAAACUCAUCAAGAUUUUCCAGGAUCAUCCCCUGCAACUCAGCUACAACGACACCUCCAACCCAAUGAGAGACCAGCCGAACACUGCCUUGCUGUCCCUCGUUCUCAUGGCGGGAACAUUUUUCAUUGCUUUCUUCUUGCGCAAGUUAAAAAACAGCAGUUUCUUUCCCGGCAAGCUUCGGCGUGUGAUUGGAGAUUUUGGUGUCCCCAUUUCCAUCUUCAUCAUGUCUUUGGCAGACUUCUUCAUUCAGGAUACUACCCAUACCCAGAAACUGAAAGUUCCUGAAGGCAUUAAGGUCUCUAAUGAAACUGCCCGGGGCUGGUUCAUCAACCCCCUUGGAAACAGUACGGACUUCCCCAUAUGGAUGAUGUUUGCUUCUGUUUUACCAGCUGUUUUAGUCUUCAUCCUCAUCUUCCUAGAGACGCAGAUCACCACGCUGAUUGUGAGCAAACCAGAGAGGAAACUGAUUAAGGGUUCAGGCUUCCAUCUAGACCUGCUUUUGAUAGUUGGCAUGGGUGGCAUAGCAGCCCUUUUUGGCAUGCCCUGGCUCAGUGCUACCACUGUGAGGACCGUCACGCAUGCCAACGCCCUGACUGUGAUGGCCAAGAGUACCAUCCCGGGGGAGAAAGCCCGUGUCCAGGAGGUCAAGGAGCAAAGGAUCACGGGACUCCUGGUGUCCAUUCUUGUAGGUGUCUCCAUCCUCAUGGAACCGAUCUUGAAGAUGAUUCCAUUGGCCGUUCUCUUUGGUAUCUUCCUCUACAUGGGAGUGACAUCCCUCAACGGGAUCCAGCUCUACGACCGCAUCCUUCUCAUGCUGAAACCCCCCAAAUACCACCCAGAGGAGCCUUAUGUUAGGAAGGUAAAGACCUGGCGCAUGCAUGUCUUCACCUUGACCCAGAUUUUGUGCCUAGCUGUCCUGUGGGGAGUGAAGUCUAGCCCAGCCUCCCUCAGCUUAGCCUUCAUCCUCAUCCUGACGGUGCCUCUCCGACGAAACCUGCUCCCAUGUUACUUCAGUGACCUUGAACUCAAAUGUUUGGAUGCUGAUGAUGCUGAAGUGACUUUCGAUGAAUCGGAAGGCUGUGAUGUUUACGAUGAAGUUCCGAUGCCCAUUUGAGUGCCUGCUGGCAGAUAAGGAACUAAGACUCCUUCCCUGAAAACACUGGACAGACACCGAGUCUGGAGGAAUAUUUCUCUGUAUCUAUAUGCAUUUGUGCGUACAUUGUUUGCACACCUGUACACAGCCCAUGUGCACACUUACCAGCACAUGGAUUCCAUAGGACUUAAAAUAGCUAGCAUAUGCUUUAGAACUUCUUCCAAUCAUGUAGGUCUGUAGUGAAAUUUUAACAAACCCUUAUCUUCCCAUAUGGGUCAAGAAAACCCUUCCCAAAGCUAUGCAGGGAUCAUAAGAAGAUGGGAAACUCACCUGCAAACUCCAGUUUAAUUCUGCAUCCAACCCAUUGCUUCUCCUUUGUGAAUUUGUGUGUGUGUGCAUGCAUGCACAUGCAUGGACAUGUGUGUGAAGUUUUAUCAGUUGUACACAGAGGCAGAGGAGCCACGUGGCGUAGUGCUUGCACUGCCACUCACACGGUCAGGAGUUCAAGCCCCCUGUGGGUCAGAUAUCCUGGCAGCUGGCUCAUGGUCAAUUCAGCCAUCAAUCCAUCCAUUCCU